GCUAAACACACAGCGCAGCGAGAUCUAAAUUCAGAAAAAAAACAGUGGUGUUUAAACGAUUACGCAAAAUAUGUAUUUUUUUUUUAACAUUUUGAAGAGUGUUAAUUUGGACAAUGUCGUAGUGCAACAUUGGCGACGACAGUUGCAUGGCGAGUGGUGACAUGGUGCCAAAGAAGUCAUAUUGUCCUUGAUUUGGGCUACGUCGCUGCAAGCUGUAGUUGCAUAACGUCACCUUCGGAAUUCCCCAUUUCACGUGUCUAAUGGAUCCGUAAGAAAAUAGAGAAGACGGCACAAAAGAAGUUCAUGUCCGAAAAGUUUAUCAGUGAAGAAACCUGCGUAGAUCUGCACUGUCCUGGUGAAACGUGAAAGCCACGGAAUGCGCUGUGAAACAUUUUUUUUCUGACCCGAAAUGGCGUUCUCUUUACAAGGUGACAGUGACCUGAACACCGAUAGGGAUUUCGAAUACGUAGCAGACGCUGAACCCAUUUUAGAUAAAAAUGUGCCCGCCAACGACAGCAACAAAUCGAAGGAUCGAGUAGCUGGAGCUGAUUUUGAUGCUAAAGACGCGUUGAUUGAUGGACAAGUUGAUUGCGAUGAUUUGCUUAGCAAUUGCGGGAUGCCGUCAAACCCUGGCGAAUUUAAAAUCGAAAACAGUGCUGUUGAAAUCGCUAAUUCUUCAAGUGUUCAUAUCGGCAACAGUUUCCAUCAGAAGACGGAUAUAAAGUUCGACAGAGCUACAUCAGUCAUUGUUGAUCGACGCCAAUGGAAUUAUAUAAACUGUUCGGAUACCAAAAAAAUCCCAUUUCAAAGAUCGGAGAGUCAGAUGGUUAUUGUUAGCAAAGUUCAAACUUUUAACCAAGACCGAUACCGCAAUCGAUUAGCUUAUUUCACGCCUUUGCCGUGGUGUACCUGGUUCAGUCCACACCUGGACAAUCUUUACACGGCGCUACAGCUUGUCACAACUGAUCGCUUCGAUGGACGAUCAGGCCCAACUGUUAUAUCCCUUGAACAGAUUGUGCAGGAAAAACAGAGUGAAUUUCCCCUAAACAAUGGGACUCGUCCGUGUCGUGUGCUCAUUGAAGGCAAUCCCGGAUACGGGAAAACCACGCUGACAUUGAAAAUGGCCUCAGACUGGGCUGCUAAAAAGGAGUAUAUUGACAAUUUUCAUCUUGUUUUUCUUAUCCCACUCAGGGAUUUCCAGGGAGACUUACAGAGUUAUCUCUUUAAUGAAUUCUUUCCACAACACGAAUCGUCGCAAGACCGGGAUGAUUGGUGGAACUACAUCAAAGAAAAUCAUAAAAGCAUUCUUUUUAUCCUAGAUGGGCUCGACGAAUUAUCACCAGAUCACCGUGCACCUAUCGAUAUGUUACUCAAGGGCAACAUAUUUGAUAAGGUUAGUGUCGUGGUGACCUCGAGAUCCAUUUCGUCGGACGAUAAUAUUCUGAGUUACUUCAAUCGGCGCAUUGAAAUCCGCGGUUUUGGCACUGGACAAACUGAACAGUUUAUUCAGAAUUAUUUCCAAAUUAAACAGAAGCCGAAUUUAGGCACCGAGUUGAUUAAUCUGCUCGAUGGGCCUUAUUCAAGUAGCCGUCACUUGGCAUCUUGCCCGUUGACCUGCCUUUUCCUAUGUGUCGUCUUCGAAGAUGAAGGCAACGAGAAUGAAGAAAAGGGCUUAAAAACCAACGGUGUCUUGCACAAAAUGACCCAAAUCUACCAAGGAAUUGUUAAUUGGCUUAUUCGGAGGGCUCUUAACAAGAAACAGGUCUCUGUAGUGCAAGAUGGACCAUCUACAGUGUCUCCGGUGUUAUUUCCUACACAGCACGAUUACGAAAAAGCCUUAUCGAAUUUCGGUCUUCUUUGCCUCCACGCUUUGGCCCGAGGUGGCACACAGUUCACGCACGAGCAGUUAAAGGAACUGCCUGACAACAGCUGUGAAUUGGUGCUGGAAUUGGGACUGAUGGUCCCUAGGAAUUCACCCCGUAACACUACGCUUUGCAUCCCUAAAAAUCCAUCGUACCAACCGAUACAUAAAGCAUUCCUGGAAUACCUGGCUGCAGUGUACCUUUCCGGUUCACUUGAACAACGAUUUGCUGAACAUAUUAACUUCUUGCAAUCACCGUCCAUAUCGCGUGAAAGCAUAAACUUGAUCUUCAAAUUCUUGGCGGGAUUGUUGCAAGAAAACGCUGCCAUUUUCUUUCGUUUACAUCAUCUUUCUGCGUUUGAGUUGCCGGUUAUCACGCUCUUUGAGCUGCUACGCGAGAGUGGUGCCACCACGGAGAAUGUACGCGCCUUAUCAACGAUCCUUGACAGCGAAAUCGUUGUUGUUCGAUCUAAUCAGAUUGAACUGGAUGGGUGGGCAGGUCUUCUUGCUGAGCCCGACUGUCCUAUCCGUUCCAUAAAAUUCGUUUGGGCUGACGCCCCAUUCAACAGUGCCGCCCUGGAUCGCUUUUUUACAGCUUUUCAGACCAACCGUUCUGUUAUUUGUUUGGUUAUGAGUGGAGCCUGUGGGCUCGCACCAGACGAGAAUGACGUUGUUGCCAUGGGAGCCUUUACCGUCCAGGCAUUGAAGAAAACCCAACUGCGCCACUUCAGUCUGCACUUGGUCGGCGACACAUGGGCCCCUAAAGUUGUUACGGCUGUCAACAACAUGCUCAACUAUCGCUAUGUUGCCUUUUCGUUGACGUCUAUAAAGAUAAGCGUCGAUAUUGGCACUCAGCAAGUCGUCGCUCUCAGCCAGGGUCUGCGCCAAUCAAAUGUUAAAUCUCUGGUAUUGUCAAAACUCUCGUGCGAGCCAGAAGGAUAUGCUUCCAUUGCAUUACUUUUAAAAUCACUCCAGCAUCUUUCAGUAUCCCUGAAUUUACUGAAAACGUUACCUCCGUCCAGAGUAGACAAUCGUUACGAAGAAGGCUCACCAGGAGACUUGCAAACUUUGGAGUCUUACUUUAAAGCUGCAGCCCGGCAACGCGCGGGAAUUAACGUUCUGGAACCUGUUGGUUCAAGAAAGUCUAUUGAUACGACCGCUGUCUCGUCAAGCUCAGUGAAACGUGAUGACGAAAGUGCUUACAACGAAGCAAACCUAUUGGCCUUGAUUUUGUCGGUGUUGGAAUCCAGCAAUCAUAAUGAUUUCAAACUUCAAGACGGACUGAGAUUGCCAGGUAUCGUGGCGCCAAAUGCACUUGGGUUCUUCAAAUUAAAUGAACCUGAAUGCCAACUUGGCACCCAUGCAAGCGGAUUUCAUUCCCUUUUUAUCGCCCUCCAAGAACCCGAGUGCCAAUUAUCAAAGUUGGAUUUGACGGGGUGUUUUCUGGAACCGAUGGAUUUGCAUUGUUUAGGACAAGCCACACGUCGCAGUCACAGUUUGAAGUCACUACGCUUAGCAAAACUAAAAAAAUUUGAAGAAGUUCUUCCCAUCUUAAUAAACACAAAUCUGACCUGGUUAGAUGUGUCCUCAGGAUAUAUUAAUAUUGAUAAAGGAUGCAUAAUCAAACUAAUUUAUGCGCUUUCAACUGCCUCUAAACUGGUAUCACUUUCUUUGGCCGGAUGGAAAUUUACGAUCGAAAAUAAUUCCGUUCUUAGGAUAGUGGAUCGAUUGAUGAGAUCUAGUCAACUGGAAGAAUUGAACUUGACCGGUUGUCGGUUUCUCCUGCACAUGUCCUUGCACACUGUACCAUCUGCGGGAGCUUCGUGCAUGUCCUUGAUCAGCCAAAUUGCAACAUAUCAAAAUGACGAACGUACGCCAAGGUCGAAUUUAUCGCAGAUGCUAAGCGCUUUGCGUCUCAAACUGCCCACAACAAGUUCUCGUCCAACGUCUUCAAACGUUCCCGUCAUCACCGCCAGAUUUCCCGAGGACUGCGCAGAAAUGCUGGGAAAUGAAUCGAUCUUUGUCAAACCAGAAACGGAUUUUCACAGUGAAAGCCUCAAUGGCAAAAGUCAAUGGCCCAACUUGACCAAGCUCUCUCUGACAGAAACUGUUGCAACAUUCCAGGGGUUGAAUAAGAAGGAUGUCGAAACAGUGGCUGGACCAGAACUUUUCGUUUUACUCGAUCAACUGAGGAAUUUGACGGAACUGUCAGUCAGUAUGAAACCAAAGAUGCCAGAAAGCGCCACGCCUACCCCUUGCAUAUCACCACUCAACGACAUCAAAACAAAGAAAUUCUUCCGUGCUAUUCAGCGUCGGCUGGGCCGGCAAUUGGAGAGAUUGUGCAUGUCGUUUUGCUCCAUCGCUUGGCAGCGACCUUCGCAAACAGCUUGCACGCUUAUUCGUCGAUUGCUGAAAUGCGAGAAACUCGUUGAACUGGAAUUGAAUUUCGUUCAGUUUUGUGCAGCUGCAGAGUCAUCGUGGUCAGCAUGUCCAGCGACAGCAACCCAGAAAGUGAAUCAGCAGCCACAUAGUACUGGUCAAGGUGACCCGAUUCAUUGGCUUCUGUACGCAGUAGUCGCUGGUUGUCCGCGUUUAAAAGAGCUGUCCCUAAUUGGAACGACAUUGACCUCAACGCAAGCUUAUAAUUUGGGCUUACAGAUUCGUGACAAGUGGAAAGGCGUCUCCCUACGUAUUCACAUAUGGCGUACUAGUAGUGAUGAUCAUCACACUGCCGAAAUCAUCUCGAUGAACUUACUGCAUGAACUGAAGAAAGAUAGCAAAUUCGAAACGGAUUUUAUUGGUGGUUACAGAGCCACUGUUUUGAUCCGACGUCGGAAGCAUCUGUGUGGUCUGGUUUCAAAGCUUAAUGAAAUUAAAACCGGAAUACCCAAGCUACUGCCAUUCUUUUGCCCUUCAAGUAGCGAUCUGUUCAGCUUUCGGGCGAAUGGAACUAACAUUCUCGAAGAACACUUGGAAAAUGAUAAUAUGGAAGAACUUUGUUCUACAUUACCACCUGGCCUGCGAUCACUCUUCGGACUAACGCCGUUCGAUUAUUCGAUUAUGCUCGCUCACAACUGGGAUUCGUACAAAGAAUGACUUUGUCCAAAGGCUAAGUGUAUUAUUUCUUCUAUUUAAAGGAACGUUACGAUUCUCCAUGUGUCCUCUGCAAACUCUUCCACAUCUUGUUAAUUUUGGCAAAACCAUAUCGGAUGGAUUUGAUGAAUCCAGCCGUUGGUAUUCCUUUCAGACUUUGCGUCCAACUUGAAGCUUUCACCGUUUUCUGUACAGCUGCAAAUAAAUAAUAAGAUUUA